UCUCUGUUUUCCAUCCAUCCUUUUCUAUCUUUGCCCCCCGCAGGGUGAGCAGAAGAGAGGGUGCGUUUCCAGAAACACGUUGUUCUGCAGCUUCCCCGUUUUCUCAGCUCAAGAUGUACAGCUUCAUGGGAGGGGGCCUCUUCUGUGCCAUCGUGGGGAACAUCCUGCUGGUAGUCUCCACUGCGACGGACUACUGGAUGCAAUACCGCCUCUCCGGAAACUAUGCCCACCAAGGCCUGUGGAGAUACUGCAUGUCCAACAAAUGCUACAUGCAGACCGACAGCAUAGCGUACUGGAACGCCACCAGGGCCUUCAUGAUCCUGUCUGGGAUGUCGUGCUUCGCGGGCAUCAUUGCCGGCAUCAUGUCCUUCUCGCACUUUUCCUCCUUUGAGAGGUUCAAUCGCUCCUUUGCUGCAGGGAUCAUGUUCUUCAUCUCCACCUUCUUUGUUCUGCUGGCUAUGGCCAUCUACACUGGAGUGACCAUCAACUUCCUGGGCCGGCGGUUUGGCGACUGGCGCUUCUCUUGGUCCUACAUACUAGGCUGGGUGGCCAUGCUCAUGACUUUCUUUGCAGGUAUAUUCUACAUUUGUGCAUACAGAAUGUGCGAGUGCAGGAGAGGAACCAACCCACGCUAAAAUAAAGAAUAAAUAAAUAACAGGACACUUUUACUUUAUAUAUCAGACAAGCAGAAGGCACCAGGUAUUGCUGACUGAUCUACUGAAGACAUGAAGUUUCAUGGCGAUGCUGGAGGCCUCUGAGUCUUUGCUUGGCAUGUUUAAGUCACUUGAAGGUUUAGUUUUUUUUUUAAAUCAAUAAUCAUGAUGGUACAAAGAGAAAAAAAUACAUUAAUAAACACAAUUAUGCUUCUAAGUAUUCUUUGCCAUUUUUUUUUCUUUUUUUUAUUGGUUUUGUUGUCAAAUGAGGUUUCCCCUGUAGUUGUAAAAUUCACCACUAGAUGGCAGCACUCAAACAACCUUCUGGUUUUUGGGAGUCCAUCUAUAAUUUUCUGAUAAUUAAAGUUAUGGGAAUAUGUUUCUCAGCAAACAGGUCAUUUUUUUGUCAUUUUUACCCACAAUCCUUUAAUAUUUAUGGUAGAAACAACUAUAAACCCUCUUUUUUGCCGAGGAAACCCUUCAGGGCAGAAGGAAACAGUGAACUAGAGGCUCAUUUUGUACAGGAAAAGGGAGAAAGCAAU